ACCUGUAGUCUGGCGCCCAUGCCGUUCUCCCUGCCGCCGGCGUCCUACACAAGACGCUCAGUUACUGCUGGGGCCCGCGGUUUCGUCGGCUACAAGGAGGGGGAAGGGCUGAGCGAAUCGGCCGAGAUGCCGUUUCGAGAUCUGCUCGACCAUCCAUACUACGGUACUCACUACAUUGCACAAGGCGGGAUGCUGCCGGCGGGUAUCGUCAACAUUUGACAGCGCCGAGUUGGGGUCGGCGGUGAGCUGCACCGCGCCAUGAGACGGAUCCGAGACGAGGAAGAGCCGCUGAGGAUCUGGAUUGACGCCGUAUGCAUUGACCAGCAGAACGUGGACGAGAAGAACGAGCAUGUUAGGAUUAUGGACCGGAUCUACUCGCAUGCGGAUGAGGUCUACAUGUGGCUGGGCGAGUGGGUUGGUAACGAGCACGACGCCAUCGAUGCGCUGGACGAGGCGCAGAACGUCCUGGUGGAUGUGCUUACGAGAGAGGACCUAAGGGGUGUUACAAAGAUGCAGAUCCAGGCUGAGAUAGUCAAGCACGAGAGGACUAAGAAUAUCAGCUGGGAGGCCCUCGCACCGCUUGUUGGUCAACCAUGGGUAAGCACCCUGCAAGAGAGCGUCGCCUCGGGGGGCAUCCCGCUCUUUCUUGCUCCUGGACAUGCUCGAGGAGACGCGCAACUUCAAGAGCACAAUCGCGAACGACAAGAUCUACGCCGUGCUGGGACUCGUCGACACGGCUACCGCUUCCGACGUGGUGAUCGACUACGGGAUGGACGGGCGUGCGGUUUUCCGGGAGUUUGCCGCGCGGUCGUUGAGCAAGCGAGAGAGCUUGGACGUCUCAUCUCAUUGCGUCGUUCCCAAGACGCCUUCGGGGCUGAAGCACCUUCCCUCGUGGGUGCCGGACUGGACCUCGCCCGGUUGGGUCGAGCCCUUCCGAAGCCGAGGCCUCGAGGCCAACGCAGGAGGAAGCAGUAGUAGCAGCAGCAGCAGCAGCAGCACCCUGCCA